GUUUUGCUCUUGUUGCCCAGGCUGGAGUGCAAUGGCGAGAUUUCAGCUCACUGCAACCUCCGUCUCCCGGAUUCAAGCAGUUCUCCUGCUUCAGCCUCCUGUGUAACUGGGAUUACACGUAUACACCGCCACCCAUGCCCAGCUAAUUUUGUACAAGGUUUCUCCAUGUUGGUCAGGCUGGUCUUGAACUCCCGACCUCUGGCGAUCUGCCUGCUUCAGCCUCUCAAAGUGCUAGGAUUACAGGCGUGAGCCACCGCGGACAUCACUACCUCAUAUUAUAUUACCAUGGGAGUGGGACUGGUGGUGUUUUAAGAAGAGGAAGACAGACCCGAGCUGGUGUGCUCAGCCACCUUUCCAUGUGAUGCCCUGUGCCACCUGCAGACUCUGCAGAGAGUCUCCAUCAGCAAGAAGGCCCUGACAAGAUGCAGCUCCUUGACUUCGGACUUCCCAGCCUCCAGAACGAGAAUAUGCCUUCUGCAUCCUGUGAUACACUGCUGGAGGACAUUGAAGAUAUCGUGUCUCAGGAAGAUUCAAAACCACAAGAAAGGCAUUUUGUAAGAAGGGAUGUUGUCCCAAAGGCACGAAGGCGAAAUACCCAAAAAUAUUUGCAAGAGGAGGAAGACAGUCCACCAAGUGACAGCACUAUUCCAGGCAUACAGAAAAUUUGGAUACGAACAUGGGGCUGUUCUCAUAAUAAUUCAGAUGGAGAAUAUAUGGCUGGACAGCUCGCUGCUUAUGGCUAUAAAAUUACAGAAAAUGCAUCAGAUGCAGAUUUAUGGCUCCUGAACAGUUGCACUGUAAAAAACCCAGCUGAAGACCACUUUAGAAACUCAAUUAAGUCACUCUGUGAGACUGCUGGGUCAGAAGAAGGAUAAUGGAAAGCGGCUGGGGGGAGCACGACUGGAUUUGCCAAAGAUUAGGAAGAAUCCACUGAUAGAAAUCAUUUCCAUCAAUACCGGGUGUCUCAAUGCUUGUACCUACUGCAAAACUAAACAUGCCAGAGGAAAUUUGGCCAGUUACCCGAUUGAUGAGCUAGUAGACAGAGCCAAACAAUCUUUUCAAGGACCCAGCCAGAGAACCUGGGAGGAGGGCGUUUGUGAGAUAUGGUUGACCAGUGAAGACACGGGGGCUUACGGCAGAGAUAUUGGCACCGAUCUCCCCACACUCCUGUGGAAACUGGUUGAAGUGAUUCCUGAGGGAGCAAUGCUGAGGCUUGGCAUGACAAAUCCACCCUAUAUUUUAGAGCAUCUGGAGGAAAUGGCGAAAAUCCUUAAUCACCCCAGAGUCUACGCUUUCCUGCACGUCCCAGUCCAGUCUGCCUCCGACAGCGUACUCAUGGAAAUGAAAAGAGAAUACUGUGUGGCUGACUUCAAAAGAGUAGUGGAUUUUCUGAAAGAGAAAGUUCCUGGAAUAACUAUUGCUACAGAUAUUAUCUGUGGUUUUCCUGGAGAAACAGAUCAGGAUUUUCAAGAAACAGUGAAGCUUGUUGAAGAGUACAAAUUUCCAAGCCUCUUUAUUAACCAGUUUUACCCUCGACCAGGAACUCCUGCUGCAAAAAUAGAACAAGUUCCAGCGCAAGUGAAAAAGCAAAGGACAAAAGAUCUUUCUCGGGUGUUUCAUUCUUACAGUCCGUAUCAUCACAAGAUUGGUGAAAGACAGCAAGUGUUAGUAACAGAAGAAUCUUUUGAUUCCAAGUUUUAUGUUGCACACAAUCGAUUCUAUGAGCAGGUUUUAGUGCCAAAGAACCCUGCAUUCAUGGGGAAAAUGGUUGAAGUGGACAUCUAUGAAUCAGGCAAACAUUUUAUGAAAGGGCGACCAGUAUCAGAUGCCAGAGUGUACACGCCUUCCAUCAGCAAACCGCUUGCAAAGGGAGAAGUCUCAGGUUUGACGAAGGAGUUCAGAAACGGGCUUGGGAACCACGGGAGUCCAGGAUCCCACACCCCUGCUGCCUCUCAGCACGACUCAGCGAGUUCCAGAAUGGCGCUGCGCAUGCCCAGGCGACAUCAAGACUGGGCGCCGAGGACGGCCGUGGGUUUGGCUCUGCUGGCUCUUCUUUUGGCUUUUUUUGUCAAGGUCUAUAAUUUAGAAUACAACUAAAUGAAGCAUCUGUAAAGAAUACGUUUCUAAUUAAAAUCUUCAGCGAAGAGGAAAGCGACACCCCCAUUCUCAAAGGGCAGUGAUUCGUACUGGUCACACUGCCUCCUCUUCGGCCGUUCUUAAUGAGGCUCCUCCUGUCUCACAUUGAGUUGGACAUAUUGGUUAUCUGACCUAAAACCUAAUCACAGCUACCAUAGUAUAUCCUUAAAAUUAAACUGCUUUUCGUUUACUUUUAGCAAGAAAUGCAAGUGGUUGCAUGUCUUUUUUUUUCUGUAUCCAAUCUUUAAGUCAGCAACUAAUUCUACAGUGACUCUGGCCAUCUUUUCCUCAUGUGGAAGAAUUUUCUAUCUUUAAUACACUUUUUCUUUUUUUUUUGAAGCAGAGUUUCGCUCUUGUCACCCAGGCUGGAGUGCAGUGGGACAAUCUUGGGUCACUGCAACCUCUGCCCCCUGAGUUCAAAUGAUUCUUCUGCCUCAACCUCCCGCAUAGGUGGGAUUAUAAGCAUGUGCUGCCAAGCCUGGCUAAUCUUUUGUACUUUUAGUAGAGACAGAGUUUCGCCAUGUUGGCCAGGCUAGUGUCGAACUUCUGACCACAAGUGAUCCGCCCGCCUCGGCCUCCCAAAGUGCUGGGAUUAUAGGUGUGAACCACCGCCCCCAGACUCUUUCAUAAACUCUUUUAAGUGCAUCUUCCCCUUAGGCUUUGCUUGGAGUCCCAGUGCUACAAACGUUUUAUUUUUCACAACAGAUGUGUUCCUGAAAAGUGUGUAUAGAAACCUGUUCUGGGAACUUGACUGCUUUUAGAAUGCACAUGAAAAACGGUUUGUCUAAAAUAAAUUGUGCCCAUUUUCUCACAUUUUUGAUCCAUUAGUUUUUUGAGUCAGGGUGUCACUCUUGUCACCCAGGCUGGAGUACAGUGGCACUAUCUUGACUCAAUGCAGCCUCCACCUCCUGGGCUCAAGCAGUCCUCCUGCCUCAGUAUCCCUAACAGCCAGGACUACAGGCACAUACCACUAUGCCCAACUAAUUUUUUAAAUUUUUGUAGAGGUGAGUGUCACUAUGUUGCCCAGACUUGUCUGGAACGCCUAGCCUCAAGCAGUCCUCUCGCCUCAGCCUCCCUAACUGCUGGGAUUACAGGCAUGAGCCACUCCACGCAGCCCAGAUUAAAUGUUUUCAUUUCUACCUGCCAUCAUUGGUCUUCACUAAGUGAAGUGACUUCUUCAUCAAUAAAUGGGACUGGUACACUAAGCAAAUUCUAUGUUGAUCAGAAUUGAUUAGGAUUGCAUAGGUACAGGAAAACCAGGUUCCUUGUAGUGACCAUACGGUAUUUUCCGUCUUGAAACCCAUGACCCUCUUCAACUCUUUCAUUUAACUCAAAAUGUUUGUGUUUUUUAUGUCUUUUAAGGAACCGAAAUUAAAAGUCAGGUGUGUCCCAGUUGGUAAAUUCUCGCAUACAUAUGCUUUUAGCGUUAGUACAUUUCUCCUGGAACUGGUAUGUGCUUCUAAGAGGUGUUCAUGUGUAGAUUGCAAAGAUCCACCUGUGCCCCUUCUGGUCCUGCAGUGAACAUCCACCUGGGAGCACCCCUCACUUCUCAGCAGGAACGGGGAGAAGAGGACAAGAACGUGCCAUGUGCUCCCUUCAUUAGCUCUAUGCAGUCAUUUCUUUGUUAAUAAACAGUGAGUACCAGUGUGGUACUCAUUUAACACGAACCUAGCAGAGACAGAAAUGCCAUCCAAAGCCUGGAGUCGCACUAGAUCAGACAGAGAAAGCGCGACACCUGUAACUGACUGGAGACAAAAAGGAUUUUGCUACCUCCCUGUUCUGACUCUUCCGUACUCUUUUCCUCUCAUUCUCUCAUCUAUCUAUUUCCUACCUCCUAGCUCUAUGCUCCCUCUCCUUCCUUCAUUUUUUUCUUCUUAUAAGAGAAAACACCCAGUCAUCCAAAUCCCCAGCUGCUGCCCUCACCACCCAUGGCAUGGAUCCUCAAGGAUGGUUUCAGCUGUACAGAUUCUCCCUGCUCCCUGCCAUGACUGUUCUUUACCUUCAGAUUGGCUGUAGCUUCACUCUGCUCUUUGGCUCAGAAAGGGACCAAGGCCACCACCUGCAGCAGACUCGGGACCUUCCUGAUAUCAGCCUCCAUACUGGUGAGCGGGGUAGCCGCGUUGUGGAAAUCCAGGGAUUUUUCUCCCCCGCAUGACCUCCACCUACAGGGAGUGGGAGGGAAGGAGGAGAGAAGGAUGUGGUGUGAGUCAGAAACAGUUCUCUUAUGUACUGGACUCUGAAUGGGGCUGAGUCUGGGAACCACGGGAGCAAGCAUGGUCAUCAGUAGAGCUGUUACGUUUCCCACCCGUCUCCUUCCUGCACACAGUGCAGCUGCACUUCUCCCGCCCUGCUGAAGUUAGGCAUUCCUACAUGGCUUAUUUUAGCAGGUGAAAUGUGAGUGGAGGGGUCCUGUUCUUCGGGGCAGACGUGUUCAGAGCUGGUGUAUAGUUUACCCUUUGCUCUUCCCACUGCUGUGGUGAUCCUGGACUUGUAUGUGGGAAUGAAGCUUCCCUGUCCCUGAGUCCCUGAGUUCGUGCAAUGAGUAGGGCCCCUGGCCAGCAUGUGCUAGACAGCCAUUAGGAGCCAGAAACGUACUUGGGUUGUGUGAAGCCGCUAGCAUCUGAGGGUCGUAAGCUAUAGCAUAGCCUGAUUCAUACAAAGUGUCAGCCGUGAUAGGAUGCUUGACCUGCAGGUUAUAAAUGUAAUUGUUAUGUUUUCUUUGUGUGCUUUGCAUUAGUAUCAAGGGCUGUGUGUGUGUGUGUCUGUGUGUGUGUGUGUGUGUCUGUACUUCUCUGCUGAGAAGGAACGCUAUGAAGAGAUCUUUCCAAUGUUUGGCCAAUUUUUUUCCUAAACUCUUUGUUAGAAUAAAACAUACAUACAAAGUGGACAUAAAUCAUAGGGAUACAGGGGUUUUUAAAAACUGAGCACACACUGUAGCCAGCACCAGCAGGCUCCCCAUGCACCCUCCCAGCCAUUAAAUCUGCCCCCCAAGAAGUAACCAGUAUCCUUAUUUCUAACAUCACAGAUUGAUUUGCCUGUUUCUGAACUUUCUAUAAGAGGAAUCACAAAGUAUGGAUGAUUUCAUGUCUACCUUCUUUUGUUCAACAGUGAUUGUGAGAUACGCCCAGGUUACUGUGUGUAGCAGUCAUUAAUUCAUGGUAAUUGCUGAAUAGUAUUUCAGUGUAUGAGUAUACCACAUGGUCUUACUCAUUCUGCAUUUGAGUUGUUUCUAAAUUUUUGUCUAUGAUGAAUGCUGCUGCUAUAAACGUGUUCUGUUAAGCAUAUAUGUGAUGAGUACAUGUCUAGGAGUGGAAUUGCUGGGUCAUAGGAUUUGCAUAUGUUCAGCACAGAUGCUGCAGAAUGGUUUUCUGAAGUGGUUGAACCAAUUUACAUCCCCACCAGCACUUGAACUCUGCCAUUCCCCCAACUAUUUUUUCUCUUUGUAACUCUUUCCCUUCCCCAAGUCAUUCCUAAUGAUGAUGAUAAUAUUGACAACCAUUAACUGUCUAGUCUUUAACUGAAAGGGGCUGGGUGUUAUAAUUUGCACUUAAAAGGUGUUAAUCAGUCCCAAAGAAAAAAUUUUGAGACCGAUAUUGUUAUUACCAUCAUAUUGAGAAGAAAAUCUGAAACUCAAAAGACUAAGUAUUAACCUAUGCAGGAGUCACAGAGCUAUUAAGUUUAGAGGCAGGACUGGGACACAGCCUGACUCCAAAGCAUAUACUCCUCCAAGGAAAACCCUCCUGCUCCUCUGCCCCAUGUUUGACUUAAACUUGGCCUAUGCCCACAGAUAUGCAUUUAUGAUCAACCAUGUGGAUGCCUGAGCUUGGUGUGGGGGCGCUUCAGCCCCUCAGUCUGUGUUAUCCUGAUCCAAAAAUGUGCAUGGUACUCAACAGACUUUUUAAAUAAAGAUUUACUAGUCAAGCUGUUACUUCGCCCCUCCCCCUUCCUUAUUAUCCCUGCUCAUCAAGCAUGAUAGUCAAUUUGAGAAUGUGAAGAACUCUUGGGUAAAAACUUUGCUUUGUUGCUGGGAAAAUAUGUCUAAACAUCAGAUUUCCAUAUGUCAUUCACUCAAAACAUAUACUGCUUCUACUGACUUCACUCCAGGUUGAAAAUGUUAGUGUAUAUUGUAAGAUGUCAUGGAGGGAGAAUUCGAGUUACAAAUAAAGCUUCAAGAGGAUUAGUCAUCAUAAAACAAACAGAAAAAAAAGGAAGGAAGGGAGAGGGAGGGGAGGAAGAAGGGAGAGGCCGGGCAUGGUGGCUCACGCCUAUAAUCCCAGCACUUUGGGAGGCCAAGGCGGGUGGAUCACGAGGUCAAGAGAUCGCGACCAUCCUGGUCAACAUGGUGAAACCCCGUCUCUACUAAAAAUACAAAAAAUUAGCUGGGCACGGUGGCGCAUGCCUGUAAUCCCAGCUACUCAGGAGGCUGAGGCAGGAGAAUUGCUUGAACCCAGGAGGCGGAGGUUGUGGUGAGCCGAGAUCGCGCCAUUGCACCCCAGCCUGGGUAACAAGAGCGAAACUCCGUCUCAAAAAAAAGAAAAAGGGAGAAAAGAUAUCCUUAAGGCUUGCAGCAACAAUAAAAAAGGUAACCAUGUGAGAUGAUGGGUAUGGUACAUUGCUUGACUGUAGUAACCAUUCCGCUGUGUAUAUGUGCAUCAGUACAUGUUCGCCUUAAAUACACACAAUAAAAAAUGAAUAUGU